AUGACAAUUAAAGAGGAAUUUUACAUCGAGCAUCACCAGGCCGGGGAAAAAGUGGUAUAUCGGACCUCACCGCUGCCCACGUCACCCCGUCACGCCACACGCACCCCCGACGCCUCCAUCACGCCCACUCACCCCAACGCCUCCAUCACGCCCACGCACCCCAGACGACUCACCACGCCCAAUGCCUCCAUCACGCCCACACGCACCCCAGACGACUCCACCACGCCCAAUGCCUCCAUCCCCACACGCACCUCAGACACCUCCAUCACGCCCCACGCACCCCCGACGCCCCAACACGCCCACAUACCCCAGACGCCUCCACCAUGCCCCACGCACCCCCGACGCCUCCACCGCCACACGCACCCCAGACACCUCCAUCACGCCCACCCCGACGCCUCCACCACGCCCACACGCACCUCAGACGCCUUCACCACGUCCAUAUACCCCCCGACGCUUCCAUGA